AUGGAGAUCCCAUACGCCUAUGACGGCUCCACGACGGUUUUGUCACGUGCUUCUCGCAACAGUGCCUGGCACCUGCUGGCUCGGGCACAGAAGCAAUCGGGUGGAUCUGAGCUGGGACCUUGCGGUGCCCGGACCAAAGAGUUCUGCUUCGUGGCAGCGCUCUUCCGGGCCACUCCCCCGACGGAGCCCGCCCUCUGCUCUCUGACCCCUGGGGCAGGCCCGGUUCCCAGGGACAGGCCCCGCCCCCAAGAUGGCGGCGCCCAUGUGUCGCUGAGAACGGCAGCAGGCCCCACUACCCUUUCUCAUCCCGAGAAGCUGAAGGCAGCGGAGAGCGCGGCUUCGGGGGAUGGAGGGUGCGCGGCAGACGGCGAGGGAGACGGCGCCUCGGCCUCGGAGGCGGCGGGACCGGGGCCUCUGCGACCGUCCGCCGGCCCCUCGCCGCCCCCCGGCCUCUCGUGCGACUCGUCCGGAAAACGGUCGCCCGCUCCGGUCCCUACAUCAUGCCCCAGACGAACCCCGUCGGUAUCACUGGCCGCGACUCGCGCCAUCUUGGCCAUUGGCCGUGGAGGCCCCCGAAGCAGCUCCUGCGCGUGCGCCGCGCUCCGACCUCGGGCUGCGGGGCGCCGGGAGCGGAAGUGCUCCGCUGACCCGAGGGCGGCGCGAGGUCGCGCAGCUUGUUGUCCUCCGACCUGGCUGGCGGGUUCUGGUAGCCAAGUACCGGGAGGCGGAGCAGGCACGGGCCGGAGGGCAGGGUCAGGGCGCAUCAGUGAGACCACUGCUCACCUCCUGCGGGCUCCGGCUCAGCCGCCCCUGGGCUUCCUAGUCUACAGAAGAGCCAGUCGAGGCCUCAGAAGAUCUCUGCCCUUUGUCUCGAGCAGAACAGGAUGGCCAUGUUCCAGCUCAGCAUCCCCUGCAAAGCCUUCUCCGCCAGCCCCACGCAGACCUGACUUCUUUCUGUUCUCUGUUCCCUCUGCUCCCCCCACCGUUGCCCUCAGAGGACAGGAGCCCACCCUGCUGCCCGCCCUCCCCUUCAUACGUGAGUGUGAGUCCUUGACCUUCCGGGACGUGUUUGUGGACUUCACCCUGGAGGAGUGGCGAUGUCUGGACUCGGCUCAGAAGAACCUGUACAGGGAUGUCAUGCUGGAGAACUACAGCCACCUGGUUUCCGUGGGACAGCUAGUUCCCAAACCUGAUGUGGUCAUCAGAUUGGGACAAGGAGAAGAGGCCAGGACGGCAGAGGGAGAGACCCCGACGCGGAACCCUCCGGGACCAAACGAUCCAGAGACAAACGCAUCUCCGUUGGGACCAUGGCCACAGCACCGCAUCUGUCCCUGAGCCAGGGAACUCACCUUCUGAGGCCUCGACUGGCUCUUCUGUAGACUAGGAAGCCCAGGGGCGGCUGAGCCGGAGCCCGCAGGAGGUGAGCAGUGGUCUCACUGAUGCGCCCUGACCCUGGAAACAACGACCGCACAGGAGAUGCAGUGAGCAACCUCUCUGAGGCAGUGAAAGUGAGGAAAACCCAGAUGGAAUACUUUAUGGAAGCAGCCACAAGGCCUCGUUUCAGUGUUAAGAGUAAACGCUUAGUAGCAGCCUGACUGUCGCCAGACAAGGAGCUAAGCACUGCGUCAUCCCAUAAGGGUCCUGGCUGUGGACUCGAACUGAUUGCCCGCUCUGUCGCUUUGAUUCAUUCAGUGAAAAAGUUGAGUGCCUACUGUGGGCCUGUCCAACGUGUUGCAGGUACAUCAGUGAACAAAGUUAUCAGAGUUCCCCGACCCUGCGGAGCUGUGUUCUAGCAGGGAAGGCACACAGCAAGCACAAAGUUGAUACAUUUCGGGAACGCUCCUUAGAAACGCAUAGGUGCUAGAAGGAUCUCCCGGGGUUUUCUAGCUGUGUGACUCUGGACAGGCUACGAGCCUUUCUGUUCUUGCUUUCUCGCGAUAUAAUGAAGACAAUCGUAGUACCUACUCACAGCCCUCGGGAGGAUGACCAUGCACCCAAGGGCGCCUCGCACGGACUAGACACUCAGCAAACGGCCGCUGAACCUGACCCAACGACUCAAUGACAGUAUCACUGGCUGUCGCCCCCGGCCCGUCGCCCACACUCAGCCCAGGGCCCCGAGGUCGCAGGGGCGCGAACCCAUCACCCCCACCUGC